AUGCCAAAGUAUAAUUGCUGUGUUCCUGGAUGUACCAAUAGCCAUAGAAAGAAGGCUUCUGGAUUCAAGUUUUAUUGCUUGCCAGCGGACUCGGAGCUUCGUAAAAAAUACGAUGUUCUGAUAAGAAACGACAACCUCAAAGUGACAUCGACACACACAAGGAUUUGUUGUGAACAUUGGGAAGGAGGACAAAAAUUAAACCGGACUCAUCUUCCAUCUAUCUUUCCAUGGACUGAAAGCAAGCAACCACGUACAGUGAUCGCCAAAGCCAGUCAGGAAACCAUCGAGAACCAUAAACGCAAGAGAAAGAACUCAACUAACAUCAGUGAUAUGUCGGACGCCAUGGAAAUCAAAGAUCCAGAACCCGAAGCUACACAACUUGACUGUUCAACUCAAACAGAUUUGCCUUGCUUCUGCAAUGCAGAAAUCGAAGUAAANAAGCACCCAAAUACACAACAACAGAGUAGUUACUACUAA